CCUUGCCAUCAUCAUGGAUAUGCCACCUGGACGUUCCAUUUAUAGUCCCGAUGAGGAAUUAAAACCACUGCGUUCACCCAAAAUAUAUCGACGACCAGCAGCUAAUGAACAGCAGCAACAACAGUAUCCGGGCGGACAGUCAACAUCUGCCGCCGAUCUGCAUAAUCAUCAUGCCAAGCUAUCAAUAAAUGCCACAGCAUUUGUGCCCCAGCAUUUGGCAAAUAAUGCCCAGGAGCGCUUGGAACGCAUACAAAAACAAUAUCUUCAGGAAAAUUAUCCACAGCAGCAGCAGUUAGCUCAACAGCAACAACAGCAGGCGUAUAAUCAGCAAACGGCAGCAUAUGCCAAUGGUUAUGGUGGCGGUUAUCAGGGACAACAACAGCAGCAAUUGAAUCAUCAGUUCAGUUCCAUGAGUCAGCGUUACAACAAUCAUCAUCACUACAACAAUCAACAGAAUAAUCAUCAGUAUCACCACAACCACAAUCAUCAUCAACAACGCAAUCAACCCUAUUCCCAACAGCAGCAGCACCAACAUCAGCCAUACUCAAAUCAAGCGGCUGGUGGAGCUGCCGCGGCCGCCGCCGCUGAUGCUGCUCCCGAUAUGCAAAAUAUUGCUUUGGACUACCUACAGACGGUGAUCCAGUGUCUCAAUCAAAAUCCCGGCCAGUUUGACACCAUUGCCACCCGAUUCAUUACCAUAUUCGAGGGUUUGGAGAGCAAUCACUAUGUCCUGUCCAUUGCCAUGGAGGAUAUAUUCGAGGAAUCCAUUAAGAAUCCCAAUUUCCGUUAUAUGGGCGCCAAACUGUACAACCUAUUGCAUAUGCUGAAUCCCUCCAAGGAUUCCCUAUUCCAUACGCUGCUCAAAUGCAAAUUGGACUUCCAUCAGGAUGAGAUCAAGAACUACAUGCAAAGUAAUCAACAGGGCAAGGUGAGAGAGACGGCCCUCUUCCUCGCCGAACUCUAUAUGCAGUUGAGGGGUGACGAUACACGCAUUUAUUUAAUUGCCGAAAACAUAGUUUAUUCGUUGAAACAACUAUUGGAUCAUGUUGUGGCCGAGAAUGUACGUUGCAUUUGCCUGACACUAAAAUUGGCCGGCUAUGACUUGAGUACAGAUUGCCCGGAAGAUAUGAAGGAGAUUAUCGCAAGUUUGGAACGUAUCAACAGUGAAAAUCCCGGUAAAUAUCCAUUAGCCAGUAAUGUUAUCUCCUUGCAAAAGAAUAACUGGGGACGUAAGGCUCCGGGCAGUGAAGGUUUGGGUGAGGGUGAAUCAUCGAAGCCAACGGAACCACCACGACAAAGUGAUGAUCCCGUGUUUUAUGGUCCCGAUGGCCGGGAAAUAACUGCCGAAGAAUGUGAAUUCCUAACAAAUGGAGCAUCGGGGGCCAAUGGCGGUUCGACCGAUAAUGAUGAUGAUAAUGAUUUGGAUGAUUUAGAUCCUGAAAUGGAUGAGGAGACUGAAAGAGAUUAUAAAAUGUUUCUUAAGCAAGCCAAUAAUUCAUAGGUCAA